AUGCCCGUCUUUCCUGUGGAUAUCGCCAAGCAGAUGUCGCAGGUGUUAGACUUCCUGCAGGGGAAUGAAGACGGUGAAAUGCUAAAGGUCAGCCUUGAACUAUCCUCGAAUGCUGACAGCAGAUCCAUGCUUGCCCGUGGGCGAGUAUCUGAAGGGGAUCUGCCUGGAUCGUAUUAUAUUAACCAUUGCAUCGCAUUGGAGGACUCCGAAGGGGAGGGUACGCUCCUACUCUCUGAGCUGCCAUUGGCACAUCUAUAUGAUGUAGACAUAGAAUCCCUCAGAGAGAUAGAAGAGGAAGAGGGUGUAGGGCUGGGAGGAGGUAAUGAAUCGGUUUGCUUGAUGAUAGACGACCUCACUGAAAGCGAACUCCUCACUCGGGUUAUCAUAACUGAUGUCCUGUCCAGAGGCAAUGAUUAUUGGAAAGAUCACCUCAAGGGGUUGCAUCCUCGUUGGUUCGUUACCUGUACAUUCUUCAGUGAAGAGAGCCAAGAGAAUGCGAUGGACCCGGAAGUUAUUCACCAGAAGUGUAGGUUUAAUAUUCUAGGAUUCGAGACAUGCCCUGAGAUGACCAUAUAUCAAGAGGUAUUCGCUGGCCUAAGUGGUAUUGGGCUUUAUGCCAAAGCUUCUGGUUUCAACCAUAGUUGUUCUCCCAAUGUUAAUCGCUUCGCGGUAGGCACAUGCCAACAUUUCGUCACGAAUCGUGACAUCAACCGUGGUGAGCAACUUACCAUAAGCUACUUCGAACACGAGUACUGCAGGAAGGUACCUAUCCUCAAGCAUUGCAGUGCGUAG